AUGGUCCAUAGGCUCAGAUGUGAUAAUGGAAGAACGACAAGACGGCUGUCCCAAACCGAAGUGAAAACCCUGAAGUUCCUUGAGAAUUAUCCCAAAAUCUCCGUUCCAAAAGUACUCCGCGACUGGGUCGACAGUGAUGGACGAUACUUCGCGCUCACGGAGCGAAUGAAAGGACAGACACUCGAUGAGGUCUGGUCUUCGUUAUCGGAAACCCAAAAGAAUUCUAUCGCAGAUGAAGUUGUCGCUGUUCGCAGAAAUCUUCGAUCAAUUACCUCGAAUGCCAUUCAAGAUGUUGAUCGGAAUGCCACUAGGAUCUGGUUACUUUGCUAUGAUUUAUUUGAUUCUGUACCUUAUGGUCCUUUUCACUCUGAUGAGUUAUGGGAUGCAAUAAGUAACAGUCUUCAGAGAUAUGGGAUGCAUGUGCCGUCACUUCAAGUUCCGAAAAAAGUACUGGAUGAUAUGAAGAAACGGAUGCCAAAAUGUGAGCCCUAUGUUUUGACCCAUUGUGAUCUCAAUGUGUGUAAUAUCAUGGUUCAAGAUGGCAAGUUGGUUGGUAUUCUGGACUGGGAAUAUGCAGCAUUCCUACCCAUCUGGCAUGAAUAUGUCUCUACUUUGUGGGUAUGGACGGAUGAUGAUUGUGAGUGGAAGAAGUUAGUAACCUUCAGGAGCGGAUGA